UGUGUGUGUGUGUGGAAGGAGUUAAUUCCCCUUCACCUGAUUGGCUGGAUUUAUCACCCAAACCUUUAUAAAGGGGCAAAGUCAAGAGAAAGCUAGGGAGAGAGAGAGAGAGAGAGACUGUGGAGUGAACAAGGGACCAAGCAGUCAAAUUAAAAUAUCUACCUCAGGGAGUGAGAGGACAGAGCAACAUCCUGCUGUGGAGCUCAACAGCUUCCUUCAGCCAGCUCUGUGUCUUUAUUCAGGGUUCUACUGUCACACAUCACCCUGCAGGAUGAAGACUUUACUCACAGCAUACUCACGGGUUAAAAAGGGCUCAGGUUCUCGGUUCCUCUCGGCUCUGCAGGAUUUGCCCUCAGCUCCAUGGCUCUCCAAAUCCAAACUGGUGAAGCAGCUUCAGGCCAUCUCCGUCCUCCAGUUCAUCAUCACCUUCCUCGUUAUGGGCACUGCGGCCACUGUGCUGUUGCUCUACCUGCUGUGCACAGACUGCUGGGUAAUCUCCGCUGUUUACAUCGCCUGGCUCAUCUUCGACUGGAACACACCUAAACAGGGUGGCCGUAGAUCAGCAUGGGUGAGGAACUGGACCGUCUGGAAGUAUUUCAGAGACUAUUUCCCCAUCAGAUCAAACGCUGUGGUCAUCGUAGUGGGCGGAGCUGCUGAGUCUCUGGACUGCGCCCCAGGAAUGAACUCCGUCACCCUGAGAAACCGCAAAGGCUUCAUCAAACUCGCACUGCAGAAAGGAGCGGACCUGGUGCCUGUGUACUCCUAUGGGGAGAAUGAGGCGUAUAAGCAGGUGAUAUUUGAGGAGGGCUCGUGGUGGCGUUGGGUUCAGAGGAAGCUGCAGAAACUGCUGGGUUUCGCUCCCUGCAUCUUCCACGGCUGUGGAUUUUUCUCCACCGAGUCGUGGGGCUUCGUCCCGUACGGAAAACCCAUCAACACCGUCGUUGGAGAACCCAUCACAGUGCCCAAGAUGGAGGACCCGACUCCGGACGUGGUGGAAAUGUACCACACCAUGUACGUCAACUCUCUCACCACACUCUUCAACAAAUACAAGACACGCUUUGGCCUGAAAGAGUCCGACAUCCUCCACAUUCACUGAAGAAGAAGAAGAAUUUUGCCUUUUAAAAACAAUAGAAAACCAUCAAACAAACACACACCACCUGACACCUGAAGCCAGAUAAACCACUAUCACGGCUGUGUUCCAAUUCUGUCUGCAUCCCUUCUGCUCUGCCACUUCCUCUUGGCUGAGUCCCUCAAAACAUCUCAAGAACAAAUCCUUUUUAUUUCGGAAGAUAGAAUAAUAAACUACAGAAGCCUUGAUUUGUAUAAUGAAACCUGAUUGGCUCUCAUAUAUUAUAUUGUAGUGUACAAGGUUAGGGGCAGUGUAUGAGAUUAGGGGUAGUGUAUGAGGUUAGGGGUAGUGUAUGAGGUUAGGGGUAGUGUAUGAGGUUAGGGGUAGUGUAUGAGGUUAGGGGUAGUGUAUGAGGUUAGGGGUAGUGUAUGAGGUUAGGGGUUGUGUAUGAGAUUAGGGGUUGUGUAUGAGAUUAGGGGUAGAGUAUGAGAUUAGGGGUAGUGUAUGAGGUUAGGGGUAGUGUAUGAGGUUAGGGGUUGUGUAUGAGAUUAGGGGUAGUGUAUGAGGUUAGGGGUUGUGUAUGAGAUUAGGGGUUGUGUAUGAGAUUAGGGGUUGUGUAUGAGGUUAGGGGUUGUGUAUGAGAUUAGGGGUUGUGUAUGAGAUUAGGGGUAGUGUAUGAGGUUAGGGGUAGUGUGUGAGGUUGGGGUAGUGUAUGAGAUUAGGGGUAGAGUAUGAGAUUAGGGGUAGUGUAUGAGGUUAGGGGUUGUGUAUGAGAUUAAGGGUAGUGUAUAAGGUUAGGGGUAGUUUGUGAGGUUAGGGGUAGUGUAUGAGAUUAGGGGUAGAGUAUGAGAUUAGCGGUAGUGUAUGAGGUUAGGGGUAGUGUAUGAGGUUAGGGGUAGAGUAUGAGGUUAGGGGUAGUGUGUGAGGUUAGGGGUAGUGUAUGAGAUUAGGGGUAGAGUAUGAGAUUAGGGGUAGUGUAUGAGAUUAGGGGUAGAGUAUGAGAUUAGGGGUAGAGUAUGAGAUUAGGGGUAGUGUAUGAGAUUAGGGGUAGAGUAUGAGGAUAGAGGUAGUGUACAAGGUUAGGGGUAGUGUAUGAGGUUAGGGGUAGAGUAUGAGGAUAGAGGUAGUGUACAAGGUUAGGGGUAGUGUAUGAGGUUAGGGGUAGAGUAUGAGGAUAGAGGUAGUGUACAAGGUUAGGGGUAGUGUAUGAGGAUAGUGGUAGUGUACAAGGGUGUGUCACAUGGUGAUAAUCAUGAAUGCAGAUCAGGUGUGAAAUGGGUUUUGGGGCAAUUCUUUUCUCUCUGAUUGUUUCUUUAAUCCAUAAGUUAUUAUUAUUCUUUUGUAUGUUUUUAUGAGUUUUAUUUUGCACGAGCAAUGCAACGUAAGAGACAGGCGUGGCUGUAGGACAGACUGCAGCAUGUCUGAGCAGCAAAAAAAGACAUGAUUGUGUUUCUAAUCAGUGCAGAAAUAAAAAAGCCGGAAUUAAAAGAAAGCUGAAAUGUUCUUGUGAAGAGGAAACGGUGAUGAGGAGAUGAUCGUCUGCCACCUGAUCAAAUCCGAUCGUAUCUGUUUAACAUCUGAAUCUACAUGUUUAUGACUAAUCGUGGAAUUGAGUGUUUAUUGUGUUAUAACAUGUUAGUAAACACACGUCGUAUAUGUGUAUAUAUUAUAAAAUGCGCAGAAUGAAUAGGAAAGGAAGUGAAAGUAAACAGAGCGACUUCUGCUGCAGCUGAUUAGCUGUAAUGAAACUUUACUCACUCUGAUAACUAUUCUAUUUAAUGUUUAAAUAUUAUUAAUAUGUGAGUGUAAAGUUAAAGAGUAGUUUCUGUAAAUUGAUGCUGAACACACACACACACACACAGAGCUGAUUUCCUAAAUCACACUUUUGUAUGUUUUUGGAAUAAAAUAAAAUGUAGAAAACUGUUCCA